UGUCAGAAACUUGCCCAGAAACCACAGAGCUCUGUCAAAACAGCGUAAAAGGAAGAGAAGAGAAGGAGAACAAAAUGGUAUCGGCAGGGAUGCAGAUGCUGGGCGCUGCCCUGGGUGUCAUCGGCUGGAUUGGUGUUAUCAUCGUCUGUGCUCUCCCUAUGUGGAGGGUCACGGCUUUCAUUGGCAACAACAUUGUCACAUCGCAGAUCCAAUGGGAAGGCAUAUGGAUGAACUGUGUGGUUCAGAGCACAGGGCAAAUGCAGUGCAAGGUGUACGACUCUAUGCUGGCGCUGAGCUCGGAUCUCCAAGCCGCCCGUACUCUCACAGUCAUCUCCAUAGUGGUGGGCAUCAUGGGCAUCCUGCUGGCCAUGGCUGGAGGAAAGUGCACCAACUGCAUAGAGGAUGAGCAGUCCAAAGCAAAGGUUGCUGUGGCAGCAGGUGUUAUCUUCAUUAUUUCUGGGGUAUUGUGUCUGAUCCCUGUGUGCUGGACUGCCCAAACCGUCAACAGGGACUUCUACAGCCCUCUGGUAAACCAAGCGCAGAAGAGAGAAUUAGGUGCAUCGCUGUUCAUCGGGAUGCAGAUGCUGGGCGCUGCCCUGGGUGUCAUCGGCUGGAUUGGUGUUAUCAUCGUCUGUGCUCUCCCUAUGUGGAGGGUCACGGCUUUCAUUGGCAACAACAUUGUCACAUCGCAGAUCCAAUGGGAAGGCAUAUGGAUGAACUGUGUGGUUCAGAGCACAGGGCAAAUGCAGUGCAAGGUGUACGACUCUAUGCUGGCGCUGAGCUCGGAUCUCCAAGCCGCCCGUGCUCUCACAGUCAUCUCCAUAGUGGUGGGCAUCAUGGGCAUCCUGCUGGCCAUGGCUGGAGGAAAGUGCACCAACUGCAUAGAGGAUGAGCAGUCCAAAGCAAAGGUUGCUGUGGCAGCAGGUGUUAUCUUCAUUAUUUCUGGGGUAUUGUGUCUGAUCCCUGUGUGCUGGACUGCCCAAACCGUCAUCAGGGACUUCUACAACCCUCUGGUAAACCAAGCGCAGAAGAGAGAAUUAGGUGCAUCGCUGUUCAUCGGUUGGGGAGCUGCUGCUCUGCUGAUCAUCGGAGGAGGUCUGUUGUGCACCAGCUGCCCACGUAAUGAGAAAACCCCAUACACAGCAAAAUACAGCGCUCCUUCUCGCUCCCAGGCCUCUGCACCCUCCAACAAGGACUACGUUUAAGAAGGUCAAACACUGCUUAUCUUACCUGCACAUGUACUGAGCAGUUGUCAAAAGGACUUGAUGGACAAUUGUGAGAGUGGUUUUGUUGUUGUUGUUGUAUUGUUUUUGCUUUACACAACAUUAGACACUACUGCACCAUGUUCAGCCAAAGUUUUUCUUAAUUCGAUGUUUUUUGUGAUCAAGUAUAAAAUUUAGAAUCAGUUUUCAAUUCAGUUUUUCUUUAUUCUUCACAUUUUAAAGAAUCCAUGGUUUUGUAAAUAAAUAUUUUGUACAGCAUAUAUCUUUAAUUUUUUAUCAGGUAUCAAUACAAAACUAAAGAUUAAAAUGAAAAUUCGUAUGUUUCAGACGGACCUUUGUUUUUACUUUCUUUAGUUUUUAAUCAUGUAUUUGAAUUAAUUUGCAUAAUGCGUUGUAGUUGUCAACACUUUAUUUGUUGUUGGUUGUUAAAGAAAUUCAAGUCACAAAGCUUUCCAAAGGAAGAUGAUUACCUUGACAAUCCAGUUCAGGUGUGGCUCAGUUGAAAAAGACUACAGGUUCUUUGUGUGCCUGUACACAACUGCAUAACAUGUAAAUGAAAUGAAAUCAAAAGCUUUUAAUUUAUCAGGCAACUAUGUAUUAGGGACAUAAAGCCAAAUUUUUUAUUUAAAGUUUUUAAAACCUUUCCAGUAAUUAAUUAUCAAUCUUUUUGUUGUGUCAUAAUCUUUUUUGUUGUGUUGUAAAAUAGAGCACAUCUUGAAUACAA